AUGGCAAGCGAGGGCAAAGCUUCUCCACCGCAGACGGUGCACAGUCACUUGGGUGAGUCCCCCGGCUCUGCAGUCCUCUGCCACCACUGUGGGAAAGCAUGCAAAGGAGAGGUGCUGAGAGUGCAGAAGAAGCAUUUCCACAUUACGUGUUUUGUUUGUAAAGCGUGUGGCUGUGACUUGUCUCAAGGAGGGUUCUUCGUGCGGCAGGGAGACUACAUCUGCACUCUGGAUUACCAGCGACUCUAUGGGACACGCUGCUUCAGCUGUGACCAGUUCAUUGAAGGAGAGGUGGUUUCAGCCCUGGGGAAGACCUACCACCCACACUGUUUUGUAUGCGUGGUGUGCCGCCAUUGCUCUCUUCCAGAUUGUGGUGGCUGUGGCUCUGAAAUAAAGAACGGGCAGUCUUUGGUGGCUUUGGACAAGCACUGGCACCUGACCUGUUUCAAAUGCAAGACCUGUGGCAAAGUUCUGAAUGCCGAAUACAUCAGCAAAGAUGGUGCACCAUACUGCGAAAUGGAUUAUCAUGUUAAAUUUGGAAUAAGAUGUGACAGUUGUGAGAAAUACAUCAUGGGAAGAGUUCUGGAGGCGGGAGAGAAACACUAUCACCCAACGUGUGCACGGUGUCUCAAGUGCCAUCAGAUGUUUGCAGAAGGUGAAGAAAUGUAUCUUCAAGGGACUUCAAUUUUGCACCCGGCUUGUCGACAGGCUGCCAGAGUGGAAGAAAAGACCAAGUUGCAGGAAACCAGAACAUCAUCUGAGAGCAUAAUGUCAGUGCCGGCAUCAAGUACAUCAGGGUCCCCAAGCCGAGUGAUUUACGCAAAGCUUGGUGAUGAAAUCAUGGACUACAGGGAUUUGGCCGCCCUUCCAAAGGACAAGGCCAUCUACAACAUCGACCGUCCAGAUAUGAUCUCCUAUUCUCCCUAUAUCAGCUAUUCAUCAGAAGACAGGCGCACUUAUGGGGAGGGGGACCAAGAUGACCGGCCUUGCAAGCAGUACAGGACAUCAAGCCCGAGCUCUGCAGGCUCCCUCGGCUAUGGCUGCAGCACCCCCCCUUGCCACUCUCCUCAGAGCUACAGCAGGCCAGCUGGUACUCAGAGUCUUGGUACCAGUAGCUGCCUCUCCCUCCCCCAACACACAAGCCUCACAUCUGCAUUCAGGCACCACCAUUACAUCCCUUUCUUCAAAGGCAGUGAAAGUGGUCGGAGUACACCCAGCUUAUCCAUGUACUCAGACAGCAAAUCUUCGCCAUCUCUCUAUCCACAGGCUCCUAGGCAUUUUCACGUUCCAGACACGGGAGUAAAAGAUAACAUCUAUAGGAAGCCCCCUAUCUACAAACACUUCAUCCUGUGGAUUGUUUUCGUAGCUGCUCGAGGAUCCCAGAGCCCUCCUAGGUCAGCCUCCUUCGCCAUCCUUCCCACACUGCAGCUGCCCCCGCAGACCUCAGUCAGAUUUACCGAGGGCCAGCUGAGGAUGCGACUGGCAGAUCGAAUGGCACAAAUCAAACCAGACUUGAUGGAAAACGACGACCAAAGUGACGGUCAAAUGAAUCAAGCAAAAAUACAAAAGGUACAAGCGAUUCUCACCUCAAUCCCUGCGAAAACAGUCUCGGGCCCUCAGUUCAACCUUGCAGCCAAAAUGGCCACCAGGGGUGGAGGCUUUGACAAGCUGAUAGCCCAGGCUGAUCUAAACGCGGCUUUCACCACCAUGCAGAAAACAAUAUUGGAUAAUAUGUCGUCUUUAAUUAAGCCGUUGUAUGAUCAAAUGGAAAAACUGCAAAAUGCGAUGAUAGAAACGAAAGCGAAGGCAGAGCAAGCUUUAAAUACUGGCCUCGUAAACCAAACAGAGAUCCAGAAACUCCAUCAAUUGGAGGACAUUCUGGCAGAAAAAGCAAUUCAUACAGAUAUGACAAUCCGGCAAAAUUAUCUAAAAAUCAGAGGGAUGGAGGAGUCAAUUGGAAAAAAGGGAGAUUUACCUGAGAUAUUAUCUGCCUGGCUACAGCAUUAA